GUCAUGGUGUUUUUCAGCCUUCAAUUGCUCCUGGUGUUGAAAUUGACAUUUUUGUUUCUCUCCACAGAGUACAGAGCAGGUGACUGCUUUCUGCCGCAACCUUCAUGAUAUGAAUUCCACAGAGGGACCCAUUUCCUGUUCCUCGUUUUCCUCCACAUCUUCCUCCUCUUCAUCCUGUGUGCCCAGCCCCAUCUCACCCCUGCCUGUUCCCUUCACCCCCCGCCAGCUCUCUGAUGCGGAUAAACUCCGUAAGGUCAUCAGUGAGCUGGUGGACACUGAGAGGACCUAUGUUAAGGACCUGAACAUUUUGAUAGAGCGCUACCUGAACCCCCUGCAGAAGGAGAGCUUCCUCUCACAGGAUGAGCUAGAUGUGCUUUUUGGAAACUUGGCGGAGAUGGUCGAGUUCCAAGUGGAGUUUCUGAAAACUCUGGAAGAUGGAACCAGAUUAGUUCCUGAUUUAGACAAACUGGAGAGAGUGGAUAAAUUCAAGAAAGUUCUGUUUUCUCUUGGUGGAUCCUUCCUGUACUAUGCGGACCGUUUUAAGAUCUACAGUGCAUUUUGUGCCAGCCACACAAAGGUCCCAAAGGUCCUUACUAAAGCUAAAACAGACCCGGAGUUCAAGGCGUUUCUGGCUGAGAGGAACCCCAGGCAACAGCACUCCUCCAUGCUAGAGUCCUACCUGAUCAAACCCAUUCAGAGAGUCUUAAAAUAUCCACUACUCCUGAGGGAGCUUCACUCUAUCACCGACCCUGACAGUGAGGAGCAUUACCACCUGGAUGUUGCGAUGAAAGCCAUGAACAAAGUGGCCAGUCACAUAAAUGAAAUGCAGAAGAUUCACGAGGAGUAUGGAGCCGUGUUUGACCAACUCAUCAGUGAGCAGAGCUUUGACAAGAAAGAGGUUGCUGAUCUGUCAAUGGGCGACCUCUUGUUGCAUGACACUGUGGUUUGGAUCAAUCCACCCUCUUCUCUCAUGAAGGGGAAGAGAGACCUAGAGCUGGCUGCAUUCAUUUUCAGAACGGCAGUUGUUUUUGUGUAUAAAGACUGCUCUAAGCACAAGAAAAAAAUCGGUGGAUCUCACAGAGCAUCGAUUCUUGAUGAGAGAGACCCUUUUCGUUUUAGACACAUGAUCUCUACAGACACUCUCCAAGUUCGCAACCUCCCUAAUUCAGAGGGGUCUGCAAUGUGUGAGAUCAUUCACAUGAGAUCAGAAUCUGAAGGGAGACCCGAGAGGACCUUCCACAUCUGCUGCAGCUCUGCAGAGAGUAAAAAAGACUUCCUGAAGACGGUUCAUUCUAUCCUGAGGGACAAACAACGUCGUCAGUUAAUGAAAACUGAGAGUUUACCUCCAAAUCAGCAGUAUAUUCCCUUCGGAGGGAAGCGGCUUUGUGCGCUAAAGGGUUCACGGUCCACAAUGAACAGAGCGGUUUCAGCCCCAUCUCGAACCCUCGGCCGCUGGAAGCUGAUCCGUAAUCGUUUCACCAUAGACACGAGUGUGAUUUUCAACGACGGCUCGUCCCAGGACCUGUCACCCAUCACCCCGACAGAGCCCCCGCUGUCUUCGCUCCAGAAGCCCCAGCAGCCCAUCCGAGACACAGAUCGCUGGGUGGAGAAUCAGUUUGAACUGCAGCACUACGAAAACCAGGACGACGUGAAGGAGACCGACAUCCUCAGCGACGACGAUGAGUACUGCCAAUCCGUCCGGGGCCCUUCCUCUGAUCCGAGUCUGGAGGAGUCUUUAGAGGCCCUUUCAGUGGAAGGAAACGAAGACAAGGGUCUCAAUGGACUUUCGGAGGACAAACCUCCAAAAUCCCACACCCCCCUGAAGCUGACCCUCCUGAGAAAGCAGUGCGCGGUGGAGGGUGUCGCUUCUGAGAGGGACUGUGAGGUUAUCUGGGUUCGCAGGGACGAUUUUAAAAACAGCUGCAACAGCGACAUCUUCUGAGCGAAGAGCUGUGACGUUUUGUUUUAUAGACUUAUAGAAUAAGGCAGAAAGCUACUGAGUCCAAGCCUUCACAGACACGAUGCACUGACAAUCCUACUGAAAGCCAGAACUGAAGAACUUGCACCAUUAAAAAAAAAAAAAAAACUUCUUGAUGUUUCAAGCUACUCCACCCUAAUAUCAAUGCAGACUUCCUGCCAUUUAAGUCCAGACAUCACAAGGAACAUUUAAAGAAGCCAACUGUACAGCCAAUGUAUUUAUAGAGGCUUCAUACUGACAGACAGACAGGCAGCUACAUAUUCUUUCAGUUGAUCUUGUUGUAUUUUCGUUGUCGUUUUGUUUCAAACACAAGAUCGUGGUCGAUCUGUUCAGUUGUGCUUCAUAUUUUUCAUAUGUUGUGCUUUUUAUUCAGGGAUUUGUGACUUGAUGCUUCAUAUAACCUCACUAGUUGUAAUGGCUACAUGCGGCAGCGUUCCCCGAAAAUGUCAUGACAGUCAGGCUAGCUAUUUAAUGCCAUUCCUGUUACAAACCCAACUGUUCCUUGCUUGCUGUCUUUGUUCCCUUUUGUUCAUAGGUCACCAGCAACCCAGUAUUAACAAUCACUGUUCACUGAACACGUGCGUGCACAGAAAAAUGAUGUUCUACUUGAAUAUGGUAGAAAGAACUGCAAUAAUGUAAUUUUGUUUAUUGGUUAGGAAAUCAAACUACCCAUAAUCCUCGCUCAGUGGGCUUUGGUGUGCUUGUGAAUUCAACAGCAAGACAUUUAGGUGCAUAAAUAAGGAAUUUAAUUCAAAGCACCCCUACAAAA